GACGCUUUUACAGUAAGUCCAACAUGGCAGACGGAGUGGAUCUUACGCGGUAACUAAACGCAAUAUUUCAACUAGAAGCGGACUAAAUCAACACUACUCUGCAACAAGACAGCAACCAUGAGGGAGAGGCAAAAGAGGAGGAAGGGGAGGACGUGGGCGGAAGCCGCUAAAACGGUAUUCCGAGUGUUUUUUAUGGCGUUUGUUGUGGUUGUUUUCCUUGAACGCUCCCACUUGUACAACACUGUUGAUGAGUUCAUGACCUGCUGCUGCUGCUGGAGACGGGAGUGUGAGGCCUGUUGUGUUUACGGUCACUCAUUCUAAAGGGCUGCUGUCAUUAGCCGUUUAGCUUCGUUUUAACUCUCAACACUGAGCUCUAACGCAGAGAAAUUAAACUGAGCUUUGUGCGCCAAAGCAUCCCCACCACUCCCGUCUAUGUGUUGUACCCGGACAGAAAUGUUGACAUGUCAGUCAAGAUUCAAACCCGAGCAAAGUGACCGUGAAGUCAUCACGCCUGUGCCCCGCGUUAGCCGCGUUAGCACGCUAGGUUUGGCUAUCGCUGCUGAGUUCGUACACAAGUUUGUCAGAUACCACUUAAAUGUAAAGCACGAGGAAAUGUUCUUUACACACAUGUAACACAAAUCCCCACAUGUCUUAAGCCGAUACUUGAGCACAGAAUUGAUUCACUACAUGGAAAGGUUUGGCGAGAUGACAGAGUGCAGAGAUGAACGUUGCUAGCCUAGCUAGCUCUGUAGCCUAGCAUGCUAAUAAGACUGAGUAACACCAAGAACGACAACGGGUAGUUUGCUUAUGUAUCAGAGCUUAUGAUAUAUGAAUCUACUGCUAUAAAUAAUAAGAGUUUUCAAAGACGAGUAAAAUCCUGUUUCACUAUCAUGCUGGACACACUUGUGCAAUGUGGACGUACACGGAGAAGCCAAAUUAUUAGGAAAACCUAAUGCAACCAAGUAUAACAGCUGUACCACAAAUUUUACUUUUACGAAGCUUCAACAUUUUUAUUUUCACUUACACACUCAGAUAGGGGUUAAUUUCUUAAAAAUUAAAAGGUAAAGUUGCUAAUUCACUGGAGUUCCUUUUAUUUUGGUCCCAUCAGGUUUGUCAAUGAAGUGGACAAAUUAUUAGGAACACCUUUCAACACUGAAUUAAACCACCACUACACACUAUGUCUUCAGUAACAAACUCAGAGUAUAUUAAUCACGGAUGUGGUUGUUUCUUUAAAGUAGAAAUUGUGAAAGUUGUGAAUGUGUUUGAAUUCCAGCUAGUGUUUCUUUGGAAUAGGAUAGGAAUUGCUAUUAUUCUGGUCCCAUCAGAUUUCUCAAUGAAGUGGACAAAUUAUUAGGAACACCUUUUAUUACUCACCUUUGCCUUAAUUUCUUUAAAGUAGAAAUUGUGAAAGAAGUUGUUUAUGUGUUUAGAUUCCAGCUAAUGUUUCAUUGCAUUGAUUUAUAACUUCAUUGUUUCUAUUAUUUAGUAUGGCAGCGCCUUUUAGGAUAAGUAGUGUACCACCUGUUAUUUCGUGUCAGCCUGGCUUUGUGUGAGCGUGUGGUCUAGAGUGCAGAUCAACAUAAUAGCAGUAGAUCAUAACCCAGUUAAGUCCAAAAAGCCACAGUGCUUGUUAAGGGUUUGUGGUCUUGAUUAUUCUGAGCAUCAUAUUGAGAACUGACACAGUCAAGGGAUUUGAGGCUUUGUGGAAUCGUGUUAUGAAGCUUGAGUACAUGAAGUCUCAGGCUGCGGCCUUGAGACCACAUCAUGUUUCAUAACAGUAAUAAUAAUAAUACUUUGUUAUCAUAGGUUUUGGAGAAAUACCCUAACACUCCCAUGAGCCAUAAAGAGAUCUUGCAGGUGAUCCAAAGAGAGAGGCUCAAGGAAAUCAGGUAAAUACUGUCCCUUUACUACAGUUUUUCAGAAAGGUUCCACUCACUGUUGUUGAUGCUUACACCCUUUGAUUUCCUUUUUCAUGUUACUGUUAUUUCACAAGAUUGUUAAUUAUUUCAUUUCUUUUUUGUUUCAUUGUCACCCUUCUCAUCCAGAAGGUAAGAAAAAAAGCAAGCCCCCUUCCCUCCUUUGAAUCCUAACCAGCUGACUGCAGUGCCCCUCUGUUUGGUUUUAACCUUUUGCAUGUUAUUAACAAUAACAUGUCCUGGGUCCAGAUGCAUAGAGAUCGUGUCACACUAAGACUUACUAAAGCCACCUGUAGCAUAAAGACAAUUUGGGGUAUUAAAGCAUGCACUCUGAAGGCAGUGCUUCACACAUGAUCAACACAGCCACAUGCCAUUAUCCAUUCCUCCACCUGUUUAACAAUUGUUUGAUGAAUAACUAAUGUUGCAUUCCUUUUCAGUCUAAUUGCAUCCUUUAAAGUUGAGAUUUUGUCUAACAAACUUUUGCGCUGUAUCUGAAUACACUCUGAUGUGUGUUUCCUGCUUCACUUGGUACCUUUGGAUACCUCUGUGGUAUGGCUGAUGGGGCGUAAUUGUGAAAUCAAUACAGCAGGGUUUUUUUAUGCAACAGACACUUUUUACAAGUUUAAUCUAGAGAUAAAGAUCGCUUAUAUUCCUAAAUUAGUCCUCAACCACUUUUACGCAACUGAUUCUGAAUGAACCUUUCAGAAGGUUUUGUGAAUCUGGCUUGAACUCACACACUUCCCUUUGCUGCAUGAUAGCAGUUCCUCCCUGAAUUUCAGACCAACUUUAACCCUCUUAAUGUCCUUCCCCACAGCUGUCUGAUUUAAAAGGGUAGUAAAUGUGUAAUUUGUCUUUUUCUCUUGUGAUCCAGUGGAACCUCCCCGCUGGCCUGUCUGAAUGCAAUGCUGCACACAAACUCGCGUGGCGAGGAGGGGAUCUUCUACAAAGUCCCUGGCAGAAUGGGAGUCUACACGUUAAAGGUUGGUCAGGUCAUGAUCUCAGCAAUCACUGAAUUAAUGCACUAUUAUGAUGUGAUUGUGUACCACAGAGGAUCUCCUCCAUGUCUUAUAUUUUAUCUAACACAUAAAACUGAAACACACUCCUUGUACUCUGUUUUAUACGUAGAAGGAUAUCUCAGAUGUGGCGAAGGAGCUGUCUGAGGAUGGCUCUGAGGACAGCAGCGACACUCUCUCAGACUCCCAAAGCACAGUAAACAGCAGCAGUGCCAUCUCCAAGGACGGCAGAAGAGGAAGGUGGAUGAGAAGAGGUACUUGACACACAACACAAGAUCUGUUUCAGUGAAAAUGUUGGACAUCUUUACAGCUAAAACAUGUCCUUUCCACUUCAAAAUGCCAAUUUAGGAAUCACCCGAUUAUGUUCAUAAUGGCUUGGUUAGAUUGCAGAUAUUAAAAUACACAAAAUAUCGCUGCUAUUAUACAUUUCAGGGUUUUUCAGCUUGUUGCGUUGCUGUGAUUGCUGGUUGAAUCUGUAGAAGUCUGCCCAAACAUCCUGAAAAUGAAGCAAUAACUCUUGACUGUAGCUGUUUCUGCUGGUUCUUUAUAUAGCUCUGACUGUGAGAGUUAACGCCCCUCCUCAAACGUUCUUAAAAGUCAUUGCAGAAACAGGAAACAAGCUGAAGUUUAAGUAGGAGAGGCAAACUGAGAGAAAGCGCUUUUAAAUGGUUUGAACUCAUCACGGCGUAACUCCUGGAGCCCACUGAGCAUCGAAAACAUGAUGAUAGCAAAAGGUGGGUUUCAUCUUCUAAGAAUCCUGUCGUAACUCGGCAUCAUCGGCUGAGGAGCUGCAGCCUUGAAACCAUUGUUGCAGUUUUUUUUCUGUCUGUUUUGUAAAGUCAUGGCUUUACAGUGAGUCAUGCACCUGAUUGUGACUGAUUAUCGGGCAACUUCAGAGAACAAAGUGGCGAUUACUUUGUUUUCCUCAAGGUUUGCUCUCACUGGUUCUCUUCAUUUCUCUGCGCAACUUCAAUAUAUUUGUAACUGUUGAAACAGGAAACUUUAUUUUCUCUCUAUGACCUGUGACCACUUCCUUAUUAUGCACAAGUUAUAGCGACUAAACACAGAGAGAGAGGACGAUAUAGACUCUUAGUUUCAAGUAGUCCAUGCAAAUGCAAACAAAUGCAGCGUCACAGAAAUCUGCCUCCGAGAGUAUUCAGUCAAAAAUGAACAAAAGAGAGGUUGCUGUCAGCAGUCUUCCUAUUGAGGCCUUCUUAGUACAGCCUGGUAAUGUAACCUUGUGGUCUUUAUGCGCAGUAUUGGUUUCAGUUUCCUCACAACAAAAGCAUGAUACGACAAAGUCAGUACACCGCCUUCAGGAAGUGUCUUUUCUAACAUCUGUGUCGUCUCUUUUGUGUUUUUCGUAGUUCCCUCCAAGCUGCAGUCACAGCCGUCCUCUCCGCAGCCUCGAUGCUCGUCGCCGUCUGUCCCCACCAGCAAACUCAUCUCUCCCUCGCAGAAACACAGCAAGAAAGCUUUGAAACAGGUACUGGCGGGUUAUGUAGUUGUUGUUUUUUGUAUUAAUAACAUCCAGGGGGUGGUGGACUGACUAGUUUUCGCUAUUUUCGCAAACACAGUGUCUUGGGUGUAACAGGAGUUCCUGCCACACCCUCAAAAUCACGAUCAGUCAUGUAAACCUGACCCUCCAGUGCACUAAAACACUAAGUAAGAAGAGGUGUUAAUGUUUUCUUUCCAUGUGGAUAAACUAAAUGUAGUGUUAUGAAAAGAUAGUGGUGUUCCUAAUCAUUGUCCCUAGUCUAGUCUGUUGCCUAUUCAGAUUUUUACCCACCUCUGAAUCCUCACUCUGCAGAUUUCACUGCAUUUUGCUGAACUUUCUUUCUGCUGACACAAUGUCGGUAAACGUGAAAACCAGGCGCCAAUUUCCCCUCCGUUCCCUGCCUGUUCAACAGCUUGUGCUGAUUAUUUUAAAACAAUGAGGCGUCAGGGAAAAAUGCCUAUAGCUGCUUCUACAGUAUUAAUGCUCUCAUAAUCCACCCGCUCCACAUUCUUCCUAUUGGCUGCUUUGUGCCUUUUGUGUUCCAUUUUAAUUAGAUUUCAUUUGAUUGCACAGAUUGUAAUUCCCUCCAUCUGUGCUGGUGUGGAGUUUUCAGCUUUGUAACACCAAUUUGUAUUCAUUUAUUGGGCGUAGGAAACACUAGAAGAUUGUCAUUUGGCAUUCAAAUAUUAGUGCUGGAGACCUGUUGUGUAGUUUUCCUGAUUUUUAAGAAAAGUCUGUUUGAAAAAUGUAUCAAAUGGACUUUAUUAAACAGCAUCUUUAACCUGUUGACAUUGUGCUUGUAAGGUAAUAAGACUUCAUAUCAGAUUUAGAUGAUUUAUGCAUGUGUUAUGCAACCUGAGCUUCAUCGCUGCACUGUUAUUUAGCUGUUAUUUAACCAGGCAAGUGGCCCUGGGGGAGUUUUUUGCAGAGAAACACUCUUUAACACUCUUUUUUGUUCAUGCUGCUGGCUAUUUGUUCCUACUCUUGUUUUUUUUCCUGUUUUUAGGCCUUGAAGCAGCAGCAACAGAGAAACCAGCGCAGACAGGGAGGAAUGCCAACCAGCUCCAGUCCCAGGCUGCUUCUGAAAACCAUCAAAGAUAUGGCUGAAAACAUUACUACAAAAGCAGGUAGGUGGCUCCUUUUUAACCAUGAAACACACAGUACUAUAAUGAAUGAAGGGCUGCACAUUUUCCACAUUGACUAAUAUGGCACUCUGCACAUCACGCUUUUGUUAUUACAGCUUUUUAUAUGCAGACAACAAAUAACACACUGCAAUCAUCCAAAUAUGACUCAAAUAACUGGCAGCACCAUUGCAGAAACACUCAGAUCUCUCGUCUGCAGUUCCUCACAGCUUUCCCCUCUGCUUCUUUUAUUCCUCACAAACAGACUUGUGUCAUCCAGUCGUCCCGAGAAAGGUCUCUCAGAGAUCAGGCCGCCUCAGUGCAGGUAAGCUGGGUGUCUGGUUUCAAUUAACCGGUUAAUUGGUGGAAAACUUGGAGGAGAGGGCUGGUGCUGUUCUGUAUUUGUCUUCCAGCUAAAACAAACUGCGAAUGAACUCCCCGUCAAGUGUGUGCAUAUCCUUCAUUUUCAAGUUCAAGUUCUAUGAAAGUUAUUGAAUUUAAGUCUGAAUUUUCAAGCACAGUCCUCUUCGCUGUAGACCUCCACUGAGGGGAAAAAACGAUUAUAAGCGGUGCUAUGGCCUAUCUUUUCCAUUAUAAGUCCAUGUCACUUGGUGGUUCAAGAAAAACUCAUUAGUGCGCCACAAACGUAGGAAUCCACAUUGUUUAAAGCUAUUAAACCAAGCUGUUCUGGGACGUUAUUAAGUUUUCUUUUAAAAUUGAAACUGCUGCAUAUGUUUUACAGAUUCAUAGAUUCACUGAGAACCAGUGUAUCGAGGUCUCUAUGCUUUGGAGUGGGGCUUGUGCAGCAUUGAUUUGGCCUUUUCAUGAAGUUUGUUGACCGUAUAAAGAUAUAGCAACAACACAAACCUUAUGUAUUAAAAUGAUGUGUUUAAAAUAUGCAAAUUGACUGUUACUUUGCCCCCUUUUGCUCGAGCUACGAUGGAGUCAGCUGCAAGAGAGCCAGUGUGAAAUGUGUGAAACAAAGUGGCAAAAAACAAAAUUAAUCAUAUUACCACACAUGCGAGUAAAUUGCUUAAGACGUCAGUUGCAAGAUCGAUGUGUUUCUGCACUGCUGGAUCCGUCCUCGCUUACAUCUGUUUCCUGUUUUUGUGUUGCAGGGCAGCUGAGACGCAACCGGUGCAAAAUAGAUGUAGAAACACCAGACUCCAUUUUGGUUAACACCAACCUGCGGGCCAUCAUCAACAAGCACACGUUCUCUGUCCUGCCUCACGACUGCCAACAGAGGCUGAUGAAACUUUUACCAGAGGUUGACCAGCAGGUGAGUCGGAGAUUACACACACAACGGUCUGUGUUUUGAGAUCAUGUCGGUGUGUAAACUUCAUGUCACAUCGUCAAGAUAAGAGUUUUACUGCAGCUAACUUCAGUACAGGAUGUCUCUAUGUUCACCGAUUCCAACCGCACAUAACCUUUGGAAAGCACGAGUCGGCGCAUGAGUGAUGGUUUCUGUGAUGAUGUAAGUGAAAACCUUGUACCUCUUCUCUUCAGGCCUGCAUGGAUGGCCUUCUGAAGGUCACGAGUUCUGCCUUAAACAAUGAGUUCUUCACAUCAGCAGCUCAGUCCUGGAAGGAAAGGCUGGCCGAGGGUCAGUUCAACUUCAAUUCAUACCGACUGCAUUCACAUUCUUAUUGAAAGUUAGAAUUAUGUCACCAAGGUUAGGAGUGGAUACAAAGAGUCAAGUAUAAUGUAACCUUUCUCUCAUACUGUUAUGUAACUUUUUUCCUUCACAGGGGAAUUUACUCCUGAGCUGCAGCUACGAAUGCGGCAAGAAAUUGAAAAGGAAAAGAAAGUGGAGCUGUGGAAGGAGACCUUCUUUGAGAACUAUUAUGGGGAAAAGUAGGUCCCUCUUGAGUUUUGCAUGAUUCACUAAUCUGAUCCAUCUUGAGGGAGUUGGAAAUUAUUUUUCCACCUAUAGGAUCUACAAACAACAGAGAGGCAUUAGUUGCUUUUACUUUUUUGACCUUUUCCUUUUGGAGAGUUCUAUGUUUUAAGAAAGGCAUCAGAAUCAAACAUCUGUGCUAUUAAGUUUUGAAUGAGAUUCAGCUAAGGAUCCAAACAUCAGCGUUAUCUUUCUCACCUAUUAAAUGCUCGGAUAACAACCUGGCAAGAUCACUUUUGUAUAUAAAUAAAAAACGGUUGACUGUGAUUAGAUAUAACUGUAUCUACAACUACGACUCCAAACUACUUGGAACUCUGUGUAAAAAGUUGAUUAAAAACUGUUUAUUUCACUGAAAAUAGCGCAAUGACAACAUAUAAGAUUCAGGAACUGAAAAAUGUAAUUGUUUUAUGAAAAAUGUAUGUCCAUUUUCAAUUUGGUGCCGUUAACUUAUUUAAGAAAAGUUGGCACAGAGGCAAUAGUCCAGUAGACCAGUUUCUGUCAUAUCCAAAGUGAAACGUUGGCCCAUCCUUUGGUGUAUUUUUCAUGAUGCUCCAAAGUCGAUGGGUGCUGAAUUAGGACUGUCGUUAAAGUUUAACACCAGGACACUUCUACUACAGAGCCAUGCUGUUGCAAUAAGUGCAGAGUGUAGUUUGGCUUUGUCCGGCUGAAAUAAGCAAGAUCUUUCUGAAUGGCAACCAUGCAAAGGGCACUUUUGCAUCUCCAUGUCAUCACAGAUACUAUUCCCCAUAGCAGUCAUGGCUUAUCUCUUCUUUACAGCCGCCGAUGACAGGUCCAUGAUUCCCUAAAAGACUUUCAAAUUUUAUUUGCCAGACCGCAGGACAGUUUUCUUUCAUUUUUCUAUCGUCUUUUCAACAAUAUAAACAACUAAAUUUUCUUCUCUUUUGGGGGGCAGUAACUUGUAGACCAAUAUUAUCAUAUUUAAGAAUUCCUUCAAAAGCUGAGUGUUUAUAAAUCUGCAGAUGUGAAUGAGCUGUAGAUCUGUUUCAUUUUCCACCUCUCUUUACCUCCAUCUUCUCUCUCUACGUAGUUCUGGGCUCAGCUUUGAAGAUUCCAAAGAGCUGACAAAGCCUGAUCUGAAUCAGGAGUCUGCUGGGCCCCAUCAGACAAGAACUGCGGCUCAGGUACUGGUGGAAUCCAAGGGCGCUAAGGACAACAGGCAGAGGGAUGCUGAUAACUCCGUAGCAGCUGAGGGCCGUAUGAGGCCAACACAGGAGCUUCUGAAGACACAGCCUGCUCAGAGAGUAGCAGUCUCCACCACAGAGCCCAUGAGGACACGGCGCGCUCACCAAGCCGAGGAGCGCAAGUUGAACACGGCAGCACAGUCUGGGCCUGUAGUGGCAACACAGGAGGUUCACAGGCAUACAGAUCAAGCAGCUGUCGAUACUCUGCCUGCAAAAGGGCAAAAAGAGGAGGUGAAGAAGGAGCCCCCACAGUCACUUGUGAUCGAGAGCAGUCCACAAAAGGCUAGCUCACAGUUAAGAGAGGAUCAGCCGGCGUCUGCAGUUAAGCCUGCUGAGGAAAGUGGAGAGGUCAUCUCUGAGCCCAGCGGUCCCUCAGAGCCACAGAAAAGGAAAUCAGUCAGUGAGAUGGGGGAGGAAGUGACACCAGAGAAAAGGUCCCGAAUGUCCUCAGUUUCCUCCGUGUCUUCAGUCUCUUCUGUUUCUCCUCCUGCUUCAUCCAUAUCCAGCCCGGCAACACCCACUUCUGCAACAAAUCAAAGGGUGCCUCCACUUAAGGUAGAGAAACAUCUCCUCUGAUCUGUCUAUCUGAUCUUUGAGUGUGUCAAAAACUCACUGCUUUGAUGCUAGAAAGGUGGCUCUCACAAGUUCCAGCUGGGAUUCCAAGUCCUUAGAUCUUGUAUCUGUGAUAGGAGGAUAAAGUGACAGAGGAGGGGAACAUCUCUGGUUUAAUUUACGUGUUUUUUGAUGAAUGCACAUUUGAUAUAAUCUCUUUUUUCACCCUGCAGAUCCCUGUGUCAAGAAUACUUCCCAUUCCUGUGUCACCAAGCCAAGUCUCACCAAGGACUCCCCUCAGCAGCCCGGGUCGCACCGGAGCUCGUACUUUGGCUGACAUCAAAGCUAAAGCCCAGCUUGCUCGUGCACAGCGAGCGGCGGCUGCAGCAGUAUCAGCGGCAUCGAAGGGGGCGGUGCCGGGUCCAGGACCAGGAGGUGGCAGGAGUGAGCAGCCAUCGCCCAGUCCCAGCCCAACAUCCCCACAUGCACCGACCAGGUUAUCAGCCUCUGACAGCAGCAGCAAUCAGACCACUACACCUCCACCCCGCCUGUUGGACUCUUUAGACCAGCUGAGUCCAAAUCGACCUCAAAUGUGUUUUUCAAGCAAAACUGACGAUAGACACAAAAGUCAUUCAGUCGGUUUAGGCGUUCAGAGGAGCUCAAACACAUCAACGCAACCCACUCCCUCAUCUGUGCACGCCACAAAAGGACAGGAAAUCCCUUCACCUGUUGGAUCAUUAACCAGGACAAGCUCCUGUAUCCCCGCAAACAACCCUCUGGUCACUCAGCUCCUUCAGGGCAAAGAGGUUCCACUGGAGCAGAUCCUCCCUAAGCCGCUAUCUAAGGUGGAAGUGAAGAUGUUGAAUGUGCCACCUGUGAGUAAGGGAAAGACAUCGCACUCUGCUGAGCACAGGACUGAUAAGCAAACCUCCCACCAGUUAAAUACUGCAGGUAGAACGGGAGUUUUCUCCGAAUACACAAGACAUCACAGGGAACUUCCUGAUAAAGAGACUCAAGAGCAGAUCCUGCAGGCCCUCAUGCAGAGGAAAAGCCAGCAGACCCAGGCCUAUGGUGUCAUGGGGCCUCAGCAACAUCAGUACAGACCCCAUCAGCUGGUGUAUGCAGAAGAGAGCCAGGACCAGUCCAGGCUCUCUAUAGGGUUUCUCAGUCGUAGGAGGACGCCCAGGCCUGCAAUGACAGGACACUAUCUGCUCAACGUGUCCACAUAUGGCAGAGGAUCUGAGAGCAGGAGACUGCAGCAGUCCGCCACCCUAAAUAUGUCUUUGUCCGGGUUAAAAAGGGAAAGCACAGAAGGAGAGGAUGCGGGUAAGGAUGAAGAACCCGCCAGGAAAGUUUUCUCUCCUGUUUCAGGGGUCAAAACAGAGCAGCAGGGAUUCUCAAUAAGCAAGUUUGAUGAAGCGGUGAGCGCUCAGCAUUGCUCCAAUAUCAAGACUGAGCCUGGAUCAGAGGACAGUGCAGCUGGUGCAGAAAACAAUAGUCCCAGUGCGACAGCCAAAGACACCAGCUCUUAUUUUCUGCCAAACAGAAGGCAUCCCGAACUCUGCAAUAGUAAUCAAGGAAACUCCGAGCCAUAUCUUUCCCAAGUGAACCCCAGUCACCAGCGGCUAUCUGCCUUUCAGCCCCAGAGAACACUCGAUAAUCAGGAGCCCGUGGCAACUUCCUGCUACGGCGGCACUAUCAGCAUGUCUGUACCUCACACUUUGAACCACAGUACCGCGGGCACCGGCUCCUCUGCGGCCUCAACAGAGGUCGACGGUGGCGGCGUCCAUGGGAGCGUUAUGUCUUUCUCCGUGACCGUCACCACCAUCCCCGCUGGUCACUCUUUGGACCACGGAAACCAGGGCGAGCCGUCGCCUGAGCAGUCGUUCAUGGAGGGCUCCAACAUGGACGACAUGCAGUCCAAAUGCUACUGCCGACUGAAGGCGAUGAUCAUGUGCAAAGGCUGCGGGGCCUUUUGCCACGAUGACUGCAUCGGCCCAUCCAAACUGUGCGUGUCAUGUUUGGUCGUGCGAUGAUAUAAAGUGAAUAAUCACAAGAUGGCGUGGAUUGAUUUGUAUUGAAGCGAGGCACAAAGCAGAAGCAGACUGCUCAGAAUCAAUACGAAAUCAAUGACGUGGCAACGCAAAUUCGCCAUGCUAGAGCAGGGAGGGUCCUGAUGGGAAAAGCAAGGGUUUACACUGGACGGUCUGCUGUCUCACCAACAUCUAUGAAAAGUUGUUUUGUGCAAUCUCUUUGGUAGAAAUGUCAGCUUUCAAUCAAAUCAGUAGUCUGUCAGAUGUUUGACGAAUAUCGGCUCUGGCAAUGUUUGCACUCGGGUAGGAUUAGUGAGAUCUAUUUUUUUAAAUAUAAAUGUGUAGUUUUUAAAAAAAAAGGAGGGAAAAAUGAAUGUUGCUAUUUUUGUAGAACAUGACUGUUUUGUGUUUUAGACUGACACUUUUCUUAUUGGACCUAAUCAGUUAUGGUUAGAGGCAAAAAAGGGCGUAAGUGAUAAUCAUUGGUUGUAGAGUACCUCCUAUUUGGCAUUUAUGCACGUAUGGCAGGGAAGUGCAACUUACAGUGACUAUUUUAUAUAAACUGUACAUUUAUUACUGAACACACUCAGAUUUUAGAAAGGUAAUAUAAAAGGAACUUUGAAUGAUAAGUACACCUGUUUAGAUUGCACAUCACGUCGUUUUUUUGACUUAGAUUUACAGGGCGAAGCACUCACAAACAACACGGAUACAUGGUAGUUACUGUGUACAGCACUUACACUCAGAGAUAUGGAAAAAGAAGAAUGAGUAAUAUAUAAAUGCCUGAGAUCUUUUCCACUCCAGGAUCAGAUCUGUAGUCACCUCCUACUGUGUGAAGCUGCAUUUUCUCCCUAAGAAGCCAGUCUGUACAUAUAUAUCCUCCGAUGAGGUGUGUUUUCACACACGUCUACUGUAUUUCUGUACAGACUGAGUACAGCAGUGGCAAACACACACAAACAAACAAAAAGAAACACUCAAGGCAAUGGGAGAAAAUGGAGAUCGAUUUUGUUUUCUAUCUGUAAAUAGUUGCUCAUUAACGGUAUAUUCCUAGAUGUAGAAAUUUAUUUUAUUUGUGCAGCACACCUUGCUUGAGCAUAUCCAGCUGUUUAUUGCAAUUCUUUUGACUGUGGAAGAAAAAAAAACAGAGCAGUAAGUUCUGCUAAAAUGCUAAAUGCUUUAUCAUGGAGUGAUUGAGCAUGUCAUGCUUCAGUUUAACUAAUGAUUUGGAGGUACAAAAUGACACCUGAUUAAUUGCAGAUGCAGCACUUCGCUUCAAAAUGGCGUUUUCAGGAGAUGUACAACAGUGAUGCACGAAAUAAUCCUGCAUCAAUGCUUACUUUGCCACGAGUGAAUGUGUAGAAAAAAGAAGUAAAGAUUUACCUCUGCAAAGUUUUCAGAUGUUAAUGCGAAAUGCAAAUUGAGACGCGUUAUUUGAAUUCUCCUGAAGGUGCAGAGUGGGCUUGUUUUACAGCAAUUCCUUCAAAGGUAACAUGCCAAAGUCACCUUUAUGAAAACAAAAUAAUCAGAACUUUUUAUUAUCUGACUAGUUAAUCAAAGUAAUAUAUUUUAAUUAAUAUAUUUUAAUAUAAAAAAUCUAUUUGCUAAUUGUUUUUGAAAAUCAACAGGGUAUUUACUAUGAUAAUAUAUUGGCUGUCGGUUUUUCUUCUACACUUGUUAAAACUGGACAGGCUAACCUGCAGAAAAUAACUUGACUUUUUAUAAAUCAAAUUGCCCAGGUAUCAAUAUUCUGAAAGGCCUGAGGAUUUUUAGCGGAUCCACUGGUCUUUAUUUUUCAUAGAGAUGUUGUCUAAUACGUGUGUUUCUUUUUAGCUGUCUACAUUUGUGUCAUUACCUUAUGGAAACUAAACAAUUUUUUUUAAAGCAUCAUUUUUAGGUCAAUGGAUUAAAGUCCAUUUUUAAAUGUCUGUGAUAUUGAUGGGAGGUUGUCUUGUGGAAAAGGGUUUUACAACUGUAGGGUUAGAAUCACAAAUUUAGCUUAGUCAUCUCACUAAAUUUGGUGUACCAGUAUCAGAAUUAUUUGAAACACGUUUAGUUUAUCCCCCAUGAAUAUAAACUGUAGGUCUUAUUUGGUUGAAUGUGAUGUUUUAAUAUUUACUCAUGUAGAGUCGGGGACUGAAUUGCAUUGCAAAACUAUUAACAAAAAAAAACAUCAUCAUCCACCUGAAAGGCAGCUGAAAUCUAGGUUAAUAAUGACUGAAACGCUGCAGUCCUCACUGUCACUCACGUUAGCUGUUAGGUGUGCGUUCAGAGGAGAGGUUCCUUCAGAGGGGUCAAGUGUCAUGGACAAUCAAAAUGAUCUUGAAAUGUCACAGUUAUCACUAGCUGAAUUUGUUUAACAUGUCUGUAUCAUUUCAUCUCCAUUUAAACUCCAGGUGAAUGUAAUAUAGUAAUCAGCACUUGUAAACAAAGUGUAUUUUAUCAAAAGUAAUAGACUAUUAUGAAUAAAUAAUGAAAAGGAAAA